AUGAGCUACUUCUCACCGAAUGUGAAUACAGGUGGCGGGAACACGGGGGAGAAAUCCAUUUGGUCGCCUGUCUCUGACAGCAUUCAGUCGCCAUUAUCCGACGUCACUUCACGAUCAGAACAAUCAAAGAAACGUGGGACGAAUAAUUUACAUCGACCAUGGCGACACUCAAUCUCCCAUCAUCAUCUAGCACACGCUUCGACAUCGCCCUCGACCACGACAGUUCGACAAUUUAAUCCUGGCAAACAACGCCUUCGACUCUUCAUUGCUGCUGGGCUAUCAUGGCUGGUGACCGUCUUCUUCUGCCUAGUGCUAGGCCUAUGUCUAUGGGGCUUUUCGCAACUUCUGCUCAUGAAAGUCUGGCAAGUCAAAAUGUUCAACGCCCUGAUCGUCCUGGCUUCGCUAUGGCUGGGCAAUAAUCUUUCUGGCAGCCUCAAGGACUAUGCACUCAUGGCUCGAUGGCGUUUCCUCGCCAUGAAAGCCCGCCCGAUCCGGGAAGCCGACCUGCUCAUGCACUGCGAGUCCCUUCGCAAAGUGCUAAAGCUACUUUGGACGGCCAGACCUUCUUCAGGCUGGGGCAUCAGUACCACUCAGCUUGGCUGCAUCGUCUGGCUGAGCAUAAAUCUGGCACUAGCUGUCCUAGUAGCGCUCCUGGGCUUGACAUACAACAUCGACACAUCGCUGUACCCGGAGCUACGGUAUGGUCUCGUCAGUAUAGCUAAACUAAACACGAUUCGCGACGUCUGGGGUGCCGAGAACCCAUCAUUCAGCGCACAGCUUGGCGCUGCGAAUAGUUUCGGCAUACAGGGUCAAGACUACAACUUCACCGAUGGCCCUGUGCCGGGUCAGGACGGCCUUCACGUUUGGGGUAGUCCCUACACUCCCAACAUCUACGCCAACGAAGACUGGACCGAAAUGCGCUACUACUUCAUGGAUCUCAAUACUGAGAACCCGAACCUGAGCGUACUAAGCAAGCGCUAUGUUGCUGUUCACGGGAACUGCACACAGUAUCCAAUUGUCAGCGGCGGCAAUGGUACUAACACUCGCAUCACUUAUACCGAUCUGCGGACGAACGAGAACGUAGUACUCGAUGCGGUUCGGGUAGGUCCAGGUGCCGUCACGUACAUUUCCGCGCUGAAUUCGACUUGCGGUCCACGGUGCAGCGAGAUCUUUGCCCUCCAGUCGGGCGGCGAUGACAUCAUCACUGAGCCAUCAUUUUAUCACUGCAAUGCCACUAUCACGCCAGUCCAAGGGCUCGAGUACUACACUUCAGCGGCUGAAAAUGCCACAGCUGCCAAAGAAUACGAGCUCCCCGACGAUCAAGCCCGCAUCAUGGCCGGGGCGAUUGGCUGGACUGGCUUCAACUUCACUGCAGACGACCAAUAUCAGUAUGUUCGCUACACAGUCGAUAGCUGGUGGUCGCCGAACAAUCCCACCAACGUCAGCCAGAUGGCAGGUCAUAUCAUGGAGUUCGCAAUUGAAGCGGUAGCGGCGCUAGAUAACAACGGUGAUCGAAUCCUCACGCAGGGCUGGUAUCCCGUACCCAGUCAAAUCGUUAAUGUGGAGUGGAAGUGGGCGGCUAUCUUGUUGGCUGUGAUACCUGGAUUACAUCUAUUGGCGAUGUUAAUGGUGGUCAGUUGGGCGGGCAAGGCCAUCAUAAGAGACGAAAGCUGUAUCUCGGUGGCGAAACUGUGGCGACCUAUACUUGGCAGACUGGGUGAUCACGGCUGUCUGUUGACAGGAGAUGAGAUCUGCGAGCAUCUGGGGGACAUCAAAGUCAGGUAUGGUGUGAUGGAUGGGUUUUCCAGGAGCGGCAGCCGGAGCCGGGAAAAUGACAUCGCCCAAGGGCUGAGAUUCGAGAAUGAGAUCGUGGGUCCUCAUGUUCGACAUGUGGGAAUGAUCGAGGAGAAUGACCUUGCUGGUGAUGAAUCAGCGGCGACUGGUGGGAUCAGGAGAGCUAGUAUUUGGCAGAAGACGCAGGUUCAUUUCCCGGAAGGGCUGUAUGAUGGAGCUGGAUACGCUGAAGCAGGAAGCUCGGAAGACACCGACGACGACAGCAGAUGCAGGAGGAAACUGCCAAAAACGGUAUGUGUCAAUGAUAGGAGGAUCGAAAUGAGGCAGAAGCUGCGAUUGCGGAGGCUGAGGAAGAAGGGGAAAGCGUGA